CAGAACAGAGACCGAAUCGCUCUACGCGAGGGUGCCGCACCUGGACACAGUCGCGAUUUCUCGAAAUGUAUGAGCUUGCUGGUAGGGGGUGCCGAGAAGAUGACAACUGCAUGCCCUCCUGCACUCACCACCGCACUGCUCCACAGCCGCGAUUUUACGGUGCAUGGUGAAUGCUUGGUGCGUUCAUGCGAUGCGAGGAACAAAUCCUCUCCCCGCAAUGCCGCCCCCCUCCCCAACCCCAGCGAGCGAGCAGCCAGUGUCCCGGGGAAGCCUCCAAAGCACCAUCCUGGGAAUCGAUCUAGAUAUUCGUUGCAUUUUUACCACUUUUGUUACGUGGGAAAAAGAAAUUCAUUGAGUAUAAAUACACUAAUUCGAAACGGGCAAGGGAAAGCGACAGCGACAACGACAGCGAUACCCGACCACGGGUGUAUAUUAUUUCCUUGUUUUUGUCGAAACGACGGAAAACGUCUUGAGAUGGCAUGGUUAUCAGCGCCAGCGCGCCCUAGCGGCCACAACUCGCAAUAUCCACUAUUCACAAACGUCUACUGGAGGCUGGAGUGCAAAUAAGCAACUACCGGCAAGUGCUCACUGAAGGCAAGAACAAUAGAGUGCUGAAGGCUCAUCUCCAAUUUCAAAUGUUGUUCUACCGCUCUCAGCGUGUUACAGUAAAGAUAACAGUGACAAGCGAAACGAUCGCGAAAUCCGCACUUUGUUGCAUGAUCUUUAAAUAGCAAACAAAAAUAUGGAGAAGUUGUUUUCUCCUGAGACAUUUUCCUUUCCAUUCUCUCCAUACCCAAUCCAAAAAGAUUUCAUGACAGCUCUCUAUACUGCUCUAGAAGAUGGAAAACUAGGAAUAUUUGAGAGUCCAACGGGAACUGGUAAAUCAUUAAGUUUGAUAUGUGGGGCGUUGACUUGGUUGUGUGAUCAUGAGAGAAACGAACAUGAGAAGCUGGAGUCCAUUCUGAAAUCUUCGAAUGAUAAUGCAUCUGAACAGAAUGGAUCUAAUGAAGAUCCAUUUAGCUGGCUUAAUCAACAAGCGGAGGAAGUACAAGCUCGUCAGAAAAAAGCUGAAGCAAAACUCAAGUUGGACUUGCUUAAUAAGCACAGUGCUAAACUCAGUAAAAUUAGAAAAGAAAGCAUGCAAAGGAAACUUAAACACCAUCAAGAGGAUAGAUCAACUGAAACCAAUCAACGUUUUCAAAAUUUAAAACAACGUACUAAUGAAAGCACUGUGAAAGAGAGUGAGAACGUAGAUGAAGAUGAGGAUCUGCUGUUAGAGGAAUAUGAUGUUUCAGUUAGUGAAGAAGCAUCUGAUGAAGAGGACAGUAACGAUGGCCCACACCACACCAAGAUAUACUUUUGCAGCAGAACUCACUCUCAAUUAGCUCAAUUUAUUGGUGAAAUUCAGAGGAGUUCUUUUGGUGAGAAUAUCCGAGUUGUGCCAUUGGCUUCUAGACAAAACAGCUGUAUCAAUGAAAGUAUUAACAAGUUGAAAAAUCUUUCUCUCAUCAAUGAGAAAUGUCUAGAUCUUCAAAGGAAAAACCACAAAGUUACUUCCACAUCUUCUGAUGGGCAAGUUUCUAAAAAAGCUAGGAAAAGUGGAGGUACAUCAGGAUGUCCUGCUAUGAAUCGAAACAAUGUUCAAUUAUUAUCAGAAGAUAUUUUGACUGAAGUACAGGAUAUUGAACAAAUAGUAAAACUAGGAAAGGAAAAUAAAGCAUGUCCUUACUAUGCAACCAGAGCAUCUGUUGCUGAUGCUCAAGUUGUUGUAGUCCCGUAUAACACCAUACUCCACAAAUCUACACGAGAGGCCUGUGGAAUCCAAUUAAAGAAUAAUGUUAUUAUAAUAGAUGAAGCACAUAAUCUUCUUGAAGCCAUAGGAAACAUUCAUAGUGCUCAAGUUUCUGGGUACCAGCUAUCACGUGCACAUUGUCAAUUGCUACAAUAUAGGGAUAAAUAUCAGAAACGAUUCAAUCCCAAGACCCUUCUUCAUCUCGGGCAAUUAAUAUUUGUGCUUGGAAAGUUGACUAAAAUCCUAGGUGGCAAAGCAGGGGGAAAUCCAGAUGAUGCUAUUUCAAAUGUUCUAGAGAAUAAAAUUUUUACCUUGCCAGAAUUUGUUUUGUCAGCAGAAAUAGAUAAUUUGAACCUUUUCAAACUUUUAGAAUUCUGCAAAAGUAGCAAAAUAUCUCACAAGUUACAUGGCUUCAGUGCUCGUUAUGAAACUACAGUAAAUAUUUCUAAACCUGUCAACAAAAACCAGGGGAUGAGGGAAUUCCUGAAAGAGAUGGCAUCGAAAAAUUCUAAGAAUGCAGAGAUAAGACAAAGUGUUGAAGAGACUAAAAUUUCUACUCCUCAAGUAGUUAGCGCGGAGGGAGGAAACAAUCCAAUUUUAUCUGUUGUAGCCUUCAUGGAAACUCUCACAAAUAGUUCUGAUGAUGGACGCAUAUUGCUGAAGAGGGGGCAAACAGUCGGAAAAGGUGUUUUAAAAUUUUUAUUACUGAAUCCUGCUGCUCAUUUUCAGGAUAUUGUUCUCCAAGCAAGAUCAGUUAUUGUAGCUGGAGGUACCAUGCAACCUAUUUCAGAAUUUCAAGAUCAGCUCUUUUUAUGUGCAGGAGGUAGCCUUGAUCGAAUAAGUACUUUUUCAUGUGGGCAUAUCAUUCCCCCUGAAAACAUUCUACCUAUUACAUUAGGGUCAGGACCAAGUGGGAAACCUUUUGACUUUUCUUAUGCUCAAAGGGAUUCAAAGGCUAUGGUAAAUGAAAUGGGGCGGCUGCUUACAAACAUCUGCAAUUUUAUUCCAGCAGGCAUUGUCUGUUUCUUUCCUUCCUAUGACUAUGAAAAAUAUGUUAUUGACCAUUUUGAGAAAACUGGUGUUAUCAGUCAAAUUGAAUCCAAAAAAAAGAUAUUUCGAGAGCCAAAACAGUCCAGUGAAGUUGAUGAAGUUUUGACUUCUUUUGCUACUUGUAUUAGGCGCUCUAAAUCUCCUUCUGAUAGCAAAGUUACAGGAGCAAUUUUAUUUAGUGUUAUUGGUGGCAAGUUAAGUGAAGGCCUUAAUUUCAGUGACGAUUUAGGUCGUUGUGUAGUGGUGGUGGGCCUUCCAUUCCCUAAUAUCAAGUCAGUUGAACUACAGGAACAAAUGAAAUUCCUUGAUACUACAGUGGGAAGAGGUGGUGGUCAAAGGCACUAUGAAAAUUUGUGUAUGAAAGCUGUGAAUCAAUCAAUUGGAAGAGCUGUGCGACACAAAGAUGAUUAUGCAGCUGUAUUAUUGCUUGACCAAAGAUAUUUGCAGAAAAGCCGGCAAACUGCUCUUCCUUCAUGGAUUCAACGUUCUCUUGAAUCACAUGAACGCUUUGGUUCUGCAUUUGCAUCAUUAAGAAAGUUUUUCAAUGCUAGGAAGAGUUGAAUCUACAACACUUGUUUUCAACUGACAGUUAAAAAGCACAAAUUUUACAAAUAUUGGGAUAGCUCACAAAAAUUUUAAUUACAAAAUUAUUAUUUUUACUUGUUCAUGUUUUUUAUUGAUCAAUCGAUACAAAAAUACAUAAGGUUAUAAAUCACAUA